UUUUUUGGGAGAUGAUGAAGCAAGCAAAGAAAAGAGUUUUGUUGUGGGUGCUUUGGUAAUACUGUAUCGACCAAACAGACCUUCCUUCAAUUCGUGCCUCAGUUUUUCAGUUUAUGGAAAACUCUUCGUAACUCUCCGUGACAUUGUGUACAAGCCAAGCUGACGACACAUUCCUGCAGACUUUGUUUGGACUGGAAGAACUCGCCUACGCUAUGGCAAGCCAAGCACGCAACAGCGACGGCGAACCGAGGGGAAUAACAGUUUCAGUUUUACUGCCUAUUCUGCGUUUUAACUCGGACGGUUCAUGAUUGGUCGGUGGCUGCACCGUGCGAGGUUCCACAACUCAGCCAACAAGUCUAAAAUGGCCCAAGCUGAAGAAGAUUUUCAAUGGGAGGCUUCUGUCAAAAGACGGCAGCAGAAAUAUUUUCAAUGGUUAGGUGAUCGUGAAUUUGAUGCAUAUAGAAGACGUCUGCCAUCCAUCUGCAUGCUUCUUCUGAAAGGAAUGUGCAAAUGUCAUGAGGGUGACAAUGAUGGUUUUUUGAUCAAUAACUCAGAAAUCAAUGCCUUAAAACGCAACAUUGGCUUUGCUGUGUUUGGUGAGCCCAACGAGCAGCCCAGCCAAGACAAUACAUUUACUGGUUAUUCCAAGAAACAGGUAAAGGUGAUUGAAACAAUUUUUGAUCAGAUAUUAAAACUUCAGAAAGGUGACAAGAUAUUGAUGUCUGUCAUAUUUGUUUCCUUAAAUAUUCAAUGCCAAGAUGGUAAUGUAGUCGACUUUCCUGUUUUCCGUAUUCCUAAAAUUAAUGAAACAGGAGAAGGUUACUCGUUUAUUGAUUUUCAAGGUCGUAUCUACCAAAGUUGGGACAAUUUUAUCUCUAAUAACAAGCUACCAAAGGCCAAGUGGUCCUAUCCACAGAAUGGAGUAUAUUCUGGCAAUAGUGAAGGUGAGGUAGAGCUCUGCUUUGGUGUCACUCCUGAGACUAAAUUGGGUAAAAGGGUAUUGAAAACAAUGGACACCACAACAUCUAUUUUAAGUGUGGGGACAGGUGUCGGAGUGUUUUUUCCCCCGGUGGCAUUACCUUGUGUAGUAACGUGCGGAGCUAUUUCACUAUAUAGCAUUGUUCGUGGUUCCUGUGAACUUGCCGACCGAGGCAAGCAUGGACAAAGUUUAAAGGACAGAGAGUCAUUCUCUCAAUGGCUUUCUGUGGCUGGCUCCGCUUUAGGCCUUGGAUCUUCGGGUGGAACCCUGGCCAUCAGAACAAUGAUGAAAGAAGGCAAGGUAGUAUCCUCUGUAAUCUGUGAUGUUGUUACUGGAAUUAAUGCCUCAUCAAUGUUGGUGAAUGGUGUGGGAAUAGCUGAAAACGCUUUGGCUAUUAAAGAGGCUGAGGAGUGGAAUGCGCUGCAAAGCUUUCAGUUGAUAGCAUCUGUCUUAUUUUUUGCGCACUCAGUUGUCAAUUUCAAAACUGCUCGAGCUAUUGUUGCUGAGUGUCAAAUUCAAGAUUUCAAAGAUAACAGUGAAGUAUUGUUUAAAAAUAAUCUAGAACAGAAAAACAUCAGGGACUUAACUCAUAUAUCAAAUAAACCUGAUUUCCUCUCUCAAAUUACAAUUAAACAAACAGCAGCAUCAACUCUCAGUACUGUUCAUGAACCAAAACUUUUUAAAGACGUCAAGACACUGCUGAACAGUCUUGGCCCAACUGAUGUCCAUAAUAUGAUGAAUCUUUUAGGCCGUGUAUGCAAUAGAUGGGAGUACGGCUGUUAUUUUAAGAGAGCUGUUGAGAUUGUAAUGGAUAUUUAUAAUUGUAGAGAUUUAAAAGAAGGAGUACGAAUCAUAAAUGAAAUACUAAGGCUUUGUUCUGAAAUAUGCACUAGCAAAUCCAAUGGAGAGUUUUCCAAUGAAGACGAAAUAAUUGACAAAAGUAUUUCAGAUAUUGAAUUUAUACCAUCCUGCAUUACCCGUAUCUCACCUUCUCCAGCAAAUGAAGAAGUGUACCAUUUCCCAGAAGACCAUUGUGGUUGGGGUAGAAAUGGUGAAUUAGAGGGAGAUGAAUAUUUGUUAAUCAGUAAAAAUGCAUUUGGUCUUGCUAACAUAGCCUCUGCAAAUAUUGAGCAUAAGGAUGGUGUUGCAACUGUUUAUUUUGAACAUGUUGGAUUUGUUGCUAUUAAGAGUUGUGUUGAGGAUAAAAAAAUUGUUGUAAGGACAUUCAGGAGUAAUAAUUGAGAAACAAAUACAAGUGCAUGUAUAAUCUUGUUGUAGGUAGUUUGACUUGAUAACCAUGAUACAAAGAAAGCAACUAUCAUAGUAGGUAACAGUGCACAUUUAGGUAUAUACGCUUUACAAAAAAAUAGACUGCCUAUAGACUCACUAUUUUUGUACACCAUUUGUUAGUAGUUUGUAAGAAAGCGUCCUUGUUACAUAUCUCAAAUUUUCAUGUGACAUUCUUGAAGUAUUCUUGUUACUCAGGUUUCAUUCAAAAUCCUGGUUGAAAUUUUUAAAACAAUGUGAACUUGCAUAUUUCUUUUUCCUCAUGACGCUCAAUAUUUUUUUUUCAUUUACAUAUUUGAGUUCCUGACUCAUUUUGGUUUGUUAUCCCUCUCAGAGGUCAACAUCAAGAAGCUGGAGGGCAGUGACAUCCGUUGCAUUUGAUAUAAUUUUUUUUUCUAAUCAAAUUCGAUGUUAUUCUGACAAAAUGCUUGUGAUGUAAAAAUUAUUUUGAAAGUAUUUGUGAUGAAUCUCGUUCGUUGGGAGGUAUCGAGAAAAUAAAUGUGACAACUUCUUCCAACCGCAAA